UAGCAGUGCAGUGCAUCAUUGUAAUUCAACUUGGCUUUGUGCUACUACCCUCAUUGUUACCCCGAGGGCCAACCACCCGGCCCCAUUUUCCACCUCCCCCUGGCGCGACACGACAAGCCUUGUCGCCACGAAACCACAAAAUUCCCCUUGAUCCUUCUCUCUCACUUUUAUCAUCACCGUCACCGGUCAUCUACAACCCCAUCGUGUAUCAAAAUGGUCAAGGAGACUACUAUGUUCCCUCCACCACCACCUGCCAUUCCUCGCCUUCUCCCGUAUCGCCCCGCUACCUACCAACCCACUGUUGCGCUAUUUAGCGACCUUCUCGGCGUUUCGCCCUCUGCCGGCGAUGACGAGAUCAAGAAGGCCUACAGGAAAAAGGCCCUCAAGCACCACCCCGACAAGGGCGGUGACCCCGAGCUCUUCAAGGAGUUGACGCACGCCUACGAGGUCCUCUCGGACAACAACAAGCGUGCCGUCUACGACCAGGCGGGCAAGGAGGGCCUUGAGAACGGCGGCCCCGGCGGCAUGGGCGGCAUGGACCCCCAGGACCUGUUCAGCCAGCUGUUCGGCGGUGGCGGCGGCGGUUUCUUCGGUGGUGGUGGUGGUCGUCCCUCGGGCCCUCGCCGAGGCAAGGACCUCGUCCACCGCAUUGCCGUUACGCUCGAGGACCUGUACCGCGGCAAGGUGCAGAAGCUCGCGCUCUCCAAGUCGGUCAUCUGCAAGGGCUGCGACGGUCGUGGUGGCAAGAAGGGCGCUGUCAAGACGUGUCCUUCAUGCCGCGGUCAGGGUGUCAAGGUCAUGUUCCGCCAGCUCGGCCCCAUGAUGCAGCAGAUCCAGCAGCCCUGUAACGAGUGUGAGGGCACUGGUGAGAUCAUGGACCCCAAGGACCGGUGCAAGACCUGCCACGGCAAGAAGGUCGUUUCGGAGCGCAAGGUCCUCGAGGUCCACAUCGACAAGGGCAUGAAGUCUGGCCAGCAGAUCAAGUUCAACGGCGAGUCGGACCAGGCGCCUGGCAUUGUACCGGGAGAUGUGGUUAUUGUUAUCGAGGAGAAGCCCCACGCCCGCUUCCAGCGCAAGGGUGACGACCUCUUCACCGAGGCCGACAUCGACCUCCUCACUGCCCUGGCCGGCGGCGAGUUCACCAUCCCCCACCUCGACGACCGCACUCUGCACGUCACGAUUGUCCCCGGCGAGAUCAUCAAGCCCGGAGCUCUCAAGACCAUCACUGGCCAGGGUAUGCCCUCGUACCGCCACCACGAGCUGGGCGACCUGUUUGUGCGCCUCAACGUCAUCUUCCCCGACAGCCUCGACCCCACCGCGUUCCCUCUGCUUGAGAAGGCCCUGCCCAAGCGCCCCGAGCUGCCCAAGCUCGAGAAGGGCCACCACCUCGACGAGGUUACCCUUGAGGAGCCCAACGACCGCCAGCGCCGCACCGCUGCGUCGAACGGCGACGACAUGGACGAGGAUGACGAUGACCGCCCGGGAGUCCAGUGCGCGCAGCAAUAAUUCAUGUCAACCAGUUGACCACCAUGCAAUCGCAGAACCAUAUACCCGCCGGCUAUGUAAGUCGCGUGAUAGAGCCACGUCAAUGUCUGUCCAUGAUCUUCGCAUUGGUGGUCGAGAUGCAUUUGUACACUGUGCA